GAGAGAAAGAGGAGGAGAGAGAGAGGGAGGGAGGGAGCUGCAGCAGUAGUGUAUUUGGAAAAGUCAGGGAAAGAAAAGCUGAGAGUAGCAGAAGAAAGUUGAGGAGGUUUAGGGUGCACUGCAUCUGCAACAAGGAUUAAUAAAAAGCCCUUUUCUAACAGAGAGAGAGAAAAAGAGAGAGAGAGAGAAAGAGAGAGAGAGGAAAGAGCCGAGCAUCAUGGGAGAGGAGAUACAGUGCAGGGGGGAAGGGGGUUCUUUGACACAUUACUGCUGCCAGGUUGCACAGGUGUAAUAGACAUGUAUGCACAGCUCGACGGAGGGAUGCAGUCCAACUCAUAACCUGACUCCUGGCACAGACAGGGUUGGUGUAGUGUGCUCAUAUCCAUCACACCCUCUGCACAUGCCUACACUUAAUGCAAGCAAAUCAGCUGCGAUGUGGCUCAGUGUGUAACAUCCCUCAGUCCUGUGGAUGCUGUGGGAUUCGGAGGCUGGAUUUCCCCCCCUUUUUACUUUUCAGAAGACUCAUCAUCUUAAGGACAGGACAGGACGGAGCGGGAUCGGAGUUUUCAGCCUAAAGACCAGGACUGGAUAAAGAGCCACCCGACUCCUCUUCCGUCCUGAACGAAAACCCUCUUAAGGUGGACGUGGCUCGUUAAAAACAGUCCCGAAGCAGCGGCAGACGGCCCACCCACGGCCAUAAAUCAACACUCAGAACUUUGAUUUCUUCAUUAUCGCUUCCAGCAGCAACAACAGAGGAACAAGCAUGUUGGCGUGCCCGCUGACCCGCGGACGUGCACCAUAGGAUGCUAUUUCUGGAGCCUCAUUGCUUUUACAGAUUAACUGCCCUCAAAUAUGGCCCCAAUCCGUUCAUUGCAGCACUAGUUUGACUGCUGCCCGAGGUUGUGCAUAUUCCAGCUUCAAAACACCCCGCAGUGAGUGGGUCCAGUCAUCUGAAGGCCUGCUGCCUGUGGCCUGUUUUUAAAGCAGUGUCAGUCCAAAAGAACAAACACACAACUGUACAUCACUGCAGCUUGGAAGUCUUAUUCUCUUCGCCCUCACUUUUCACAUUUCUACCAGAUUAUCUUUACUCUCAAAGGGUUAGAUUGAUAUCCAGAGCUCUCAGACUAACACCAUGACACAGUGCACUGAAUAAGAUUUCACAUUUUAUUGCGAGAGACAUUUUCCAUGAGUUCCUAAAGGCAAAUCACACAGAAAUCCCAUUGGCUUGUGUUUUUAUUAGACUGUCUGGGGGGUAAUCAAGGUCCUCCAUCACCAGAAUUGACAUUUCCAUAUUGUAUGAGAGAAAGGAGCUGGCAUUAGCAUAUUCAUGAACGCUGACACACUCAAUCAUGUGAAAUGAAAGACGUGGGGGCAAAGCCUGAGCCAUCAGACCCUGAAACAAAUAGCUUAUGACACGUGAGGAAAAGAGGAUCUUGUGAAUCCCCCUAACGCAACUUCAGCACAACAUUCCAAAGCACACAGGAUUCCAGGAGGCAACCACCGGGAUAUUUCCCUUUGCUAUAACCCUGCUGUUUCACACUGGACUCUGGAACUGGAAUAACAAGAGGAAAAUUUAAGCGUUAGAUUAAAUAUGGAUUAUCACUGAAACUUUAAAGACGGCAAAGCAGCUGCCUGUUCAAAAGCUCAUCAGACUCUUCAGGGAAACGCUGUGCAGACUGAUUUUGUAGAUUACAGUUCCUUGUUGAUGUGGUUGACGCUUGCAUUUUUGGAAUUAAAAGAGAGGGAUGGAGAAUCUAGAUGAGCUGGAGCACCCUCUACUGGGAGAAAGCACCCAUAACAGCCGUGCGUCCGGGCCUGGGUUGGGGUCUGGAACCACCGGACAGGCCCCUGGUGGACUCUUGAAGGGCAUCUUAGUGAAGUGUGAGGAGGACCGGGCGUACCCUCCUCUAUCCUGGAGGAACUAUUGUGGACAUCCUCCUGAGCUUCAGCAGCAGCAGCUCCUGGACCCCUGCUCCUUACCUCGUACACUAGAGUCCUUUUACCCGGCAGCCCCCAUCUGGGGCCACGCAGACUCACUGCUAAGCAAGGAUUAUCUGGAGACCACCUUUGUGGACAUUCGACCUGGCUCAACGCUGGAGAGAAAGCUGCUGGCGGAGGCACAGGAUUUCCACAGUGUGUCCUACAGCAUGGAUGAUGAGGACGACCUGCUUCCUGAUUCUGACGACUCGUCCAUCGAUGACUUCAGUGACACAGACAGUGAGACCAACUUCCCGCUGAUGAUCCCACAGGACUACUUGGGUCUGGCCUUCUUCUCCAUGCUCUGCUGCUUCUGGCCUCUGGGCAUCGCUGCCUUCUACCUUUCACAGAAGACCAACAAGGCAUCGGCUCAGGGGGAUUUUCAGGGCGCCAACGCAGCAUCUCGCCAGGCUUUGUGGCUCUCCGUGCUCUCCAUUGUGUUUGGAAUCAUAACGUACAUCUGUGCCAUUGCCGCACUGAUCUCUUACCUGUCUGGAAAACCACCUUAAGAGCCACUCACACACAAAAAAAAAAAACCCAAACAAAAAAACCCAGACCUCUCACCACUCAUUUCAUGGAUAUCAACACAUGCCGGCAUACGUGUAAAACCUAUAGAUGUUAAAUAAUCACAGUAUUUGUCCACUGAUUCUGUCUCCAGUCAUGUUACACCUACACCAAAAGCAGCAAACGGACAUGAGGAGGUUUGGAGUAGAGCUCAUCAUCAUCACGUCCAACUGGAUCGAGCUUUGUUCGGCAUCAACUCAUGUAUAGAUUCACUCUCUAUGUGUGAUUAUUUUGUCGCCAGAGGACUUCCGUUACCUACCAUCGAUCGGUUCGUUCUGUGCUGUCAAGUGUCAAAAAACAACUGUGACGACUAGUGCAGAUUUGAUCACAGCAGUGUACAUAUCACUGUCACAAAAAGAUGAGCAAUGGAGAUGCAGAGAGGGUGAAAGGUGGCGCCGUCUGCCUCCGAGGAGUAAAGUAAUGUUCGGCGUACUGCGAUGGAGCCUGUAGAUUUAUGAGAAAGUCACAGCAAGGACGUGACACUGGCAAAGUCGUGGUAGACCUCGCCGUGGGUGUGAAGGAGGGGACGGCGUGGUGAGGAGGAAAAUGGGGACAGUCUUAGAAUCAAGGGUUUUAUUAAAAUGUAGAAUUAAUUGGAAACACCCACAGUUCCUUUGGACUAUGGACUUACACGUGGUCAUAGAUACAUCCAGGGUGCAUUCAUCUCCACUCACUGUUUACCUGCAAAAAUGACUGAUUCUGCUUCAUUAAUGCCAAGUCUAACCAGUUACAAUAUAUUAGAAAGUUAAAGAUGCAAUAUGUAACCUUUACACAUGCUUGUGUGAAGUUUGUCUUGGGGCUGAGUAGUUUGCUGAGGUUUGCAGAAUCGGCAGUGUUUACAUGCACAUUAAUAUUCUACCUUUAGUCUGAAUAUGAAAUUAUUCUGAGAUUCAUAUAAAUGG